AUGUUGAAAGACCGUUUUGCUCACUUGCGGAUUGUCGAUAGCGACUCUGAUUCCGAUGAUGCGCAAGCCGUGAGACAACACAACUUGGCUUCUUUGAAUAAACCCACAUAUAAGAGUUCUAUGGAAACCACUGAGGCAUUUCCUACGGCUGCUGCCGCUGCUCCUACCUCUCCUUUUUCAUUUCCUAUAGCUGCCAACGUGAAAAAAGACAUUGCAAGUUUGGCGGCGCCAGCGGGGGAGCCAGGAGGUUCUUCGUCUCAUACCCCGAAGGCGGCUUUUUUAAAUGAACCUCCUUCAAUGAUGAGAGGUUCCUCGUGGAAGCGAUCUUCUGAUAAAGAAAUUCAAUCAGUGAGACUCGGCGGCGGCUCCGUAAAUUCCUUCGCGGCAGCCUCUACCUCCGGAUCGGAGCGAAGAAAAGUCCAGCAGUGUGAGCGGAGCGAAUUGCCAGACGCCUCUUCCGCUGUUCCUUCUGGUCUUCGACCCUUGUCAGUUUCUGAGGGAUGUGAGGAAGGGACGCGUGUGGAGGAAAAGCAGGUGACACCGCAAGGUGACGCGGAAAUGGCAGCGGCGACGAGCGAAAAGGCCGAAGAGUGGGAGGAGGGUUUGGAAGAGACCCACCAGAUGGAAACGGUGGAGGAACCACCUACCCAAAUGACGGAGCCAAUGGCUGUAGUUGGCAGUAAAGAAACAGAGGAACUCAGAAUUGUGGCCACUGACCUGUCAGAGCCAUUACCCGCUCCAGCCGACGACGCUGGGCGCGCGGCGGUGAAACGCUUUUUGGAAGAAAGGUAUUGGGAAAAAACGCACGGGUAUGAUCCAUUUAAGCGAAGGAUGCCACUUUUUGUGGCCAUAGAGCAUUGCUCUCCAAAGAAUGUACCGGUGCGUUCCAACCUGCCAGAGCGCAACGCGUUGGAAGCCAAUCCCGAGGUGGUGCGCGCUGAGGAACCAUGUCAACACGAGAUCGAGCAGAAUUAUCCGGAUUCCGAAGGAGUGGGAAAGUUUCUUGAUGAGGAAUUGGCUGUUGCUUCCCGUGACGAUCGCCUUUUAAAAGAAGGGAGCGAGGGGAUGGCUGGACCCGCGCCAAAUAUGGCUAGCGUGGUUUCUGUGGAUGAUAACCACGCCGGGGACCUGCUGAGCAGUACGCAGCCGGCAGAAAGUGGGGAAAUUCGGGGAGCGUUCAGAAAAGUUCAGGGAGAGGCUUAUGAAGAAGGAAGCCAAAUGGGCGAUCCCAUCAUUACUGACGAAAACGUUCUGCAGGAAGAAGCUGCGAGUGAUAUGCGAACAUCAGCAACGAACGUCAAAAAAGAGAUGGAGGGUGGCGAGAAGGAAGAAAGUGCCUCUUUUAUGGAAGGAAGUCAGCCUCAUUUGCCAGGACAGGUCGAUGAUGCUUCUAAAGUUCUCUUGAGCAGUAAAGCUGCUCUCAGCUCGCCCGGGAAGAUACAAGAAAAUGAGUAUGCCGAGAGUUUGAAGUUGGAUGAAAACAAUCAGAGGAGUAUCAGGAGCAAUGUGAGCAAUUUUAUCGUGGAAAGUGAUCAAAAGGGACAGUCGGAACGAGGCCCUAACGAGGAAAUAUUCUUAGCCAAGGAAGAACUGCUCAUGAACGAUGGGAUCAAUGUGGACUCUCUGAGAGAGAAGCGUGAGGUUCAGUCAGCGAAUGAGAGUGCUGUGCAGCAAAACAGUAAGGCUUCUAAUAAGAGCGAGGAGCCAUUGCAAACCUCGGAACUAACCGUUGAGAGCCUACGAAAGUUCAAUGCAAGGGGUUUUGAAGGGACUCAUUGGGAACGCUACAACGAAGGUGAGGAAUACACAGACUCUUCUCGGUACAAAACAUGUUUUUCCCCGGGCACCACUGACGCCGGAAGCUUUCGGAUGGGAAAAGGUUUGCCUCGGCGUUUUGCCGGAUACAACGACUGCGGAGGGGCGUCUUCGAGAAGGCAGGAAUUGGCAAUACCACCUUUUCACAGACGCCUUAUUUUGGACAUGGAGGAGAAAUUUCGGCGAGAGAAGAGGAGUAUGGAGCAUUCACUAAAUGAAUACACUUUUCACCCACGCACGACUUGCACGCCACGUGGACAUUUGCCCCAGCGGCGACGUAAUCCAACGAAUGGCGGUUCAACAGAAUCACCUUGUCAGAGUUUGGCGAUGACACCAGCUCGAUCCUCAGCGCGACACAAGGUUCUGGAGGAGCCACUGCCUACAUUUAAGCCAGAGAUCUCCAAAUUUGCACGGGAGACACAGCGGCCCAAAAUACCUUACCAUGAACGUCUAUACUCUCCAAGGCCUUCCCCUGCACAAGCAGGACCGGGCGGUGCUUUAAACGGCACAUCUCCCCAUCUCUCGCCCCGCAUGAUGGAGUUGCUUGAUGGGGCAACACCUCCACUGUUUCGUCCGGAAAUUUCUUCAAUGGCCAAGGCCAUUGAGAACGGUGCUCCAUUUUAUGAGCGUCUUUAUCAAGUAAAGGCCGAUGUGGAGCCAAGCCGCGAAGGAAAAUCCCUUCUGCAAUCGCCGCCUAUAUCACCCCGUCGACCAACACGACCUAUUCAAUUGUCUCCUCGGCUUCUGGAGCGUCCUGCACCACCGGCAGAAACGCUUCCGUACUCGUUCCAUCCGGAAAUUUCUCCAAGGGCCAAGGCCAUGGAGAACGGUGCUCCAUUUUAUGAGCGUCUUUAUCAAGUAAAGGCCGAUGUGGAGCCAAGCCGCGAAGGAAAAUCCCUUCUGCAAUCGCCGCCUAUAUCGCCCCGUCGACCAACACGACCCAUUCAAUUGUCUCCUCGGCUUCUGGAGCGUCCUGCACCACCGGCAGAAACGAUUCCGUACUCGUUCCAUCCACAAAUCUCUCCACGAGCGAUGUCUAUGGAGUCCCAUGGCCCUGUUUAUGAGCGGCUAUAUCCUAUAAAAGACGAGAGAUCGGCGAUAUUGCAAAGGCAAGAGAAGAAGUUUGAGGAUUUUUUGGCCUCGUUUCAGCCUUCUAUCGCGGAACGGAGCAACGGUACAAAUGUGGAUUCUCGUGUGAUGGGACGAGAUGUGGUUAGACGACUGACGGAGCAUAGAGAGCGAUCCCAGCGUUAUGUUGACCCAUCACUCACUUUUCAUCCCUUUAUCACGCAGAAAGCCAGAGAUUUGAAAAAUGAGAAUUCGGCAGCAUUACCGUAG